GCUCCGACGAAGCGGAGGGCAGAGGGGAGGGGCAGGCGGCGCCCAGGAGGGAGGCACGGGCCGCAGGCCAAGCCGACCCGGGUUAAAAUUUGGGUUUGCAGCAAAAAUGCUUUCAGAACAGACAGCAGUCCUGGGGACAGGAUGGGAGUCAAUGAAUGUCCAGCUGGAUGGAACAGAGCCUCAGGUGGAAAGGGGAAGCCAAGAAGAGGGAUCAUGGAGAACAGCACCAGGGCCACUAGAGCACCUGUGCUGUGACCUUGAAGAGGAGCCACAGUCCCUUCAGGAGAAGGCUCAGUCGGCUCCCUGGGUUCCUGCCAUUCCCCAGGAGGGGAGCACCGGAGAUUGGGAGAUGGCAGCUGCACUUCUUGCGGCAGGAUCACAGGGCCUGGUAACCAUCAAGGAUGUAUCGCUGUGCUUCUCUCAGGAGGAGUGGCGGAGCCUAGACCCUUCUCAGACAGACUUUUAUGGAGAAUAUGUCAUGCAGGAAAACUGUGGGAUAGUGGUCUCUCUAAGAUUUCCAAUUCCCAAACUGGACAUGCUUUCUCAGCUAGAAGGAGGGGAAGAGCAAUGGGUCCCUGACCCCCAAGACUUAGAGGAGAGGGACAUCCUAAGGGUCACAUAUACAGGAGAUGGAAGUGAGCACGAGGGUGAUACCCCUGAACUAGAAGCAGAACCUCCCAGAAUGUUAUCUAGUGUGUCUGAAGAUACUGUUCUCUGGAACCCAGAGCAGGAUGAGAGCUGGGAUUCCAUGCCCAGGAGCUCCAGAGGAAUGCUCCUUGGUCCACCUUUUCUUCAGGAAGAUAGCUUCUCAAACCUUCUAUGUAGCACAGAGAUGGAUUCCCUGUUAAGACCGCACACAUGCCCCCAAUGCGGGAAACAGUUUGUGUGGGGCUCCCAUCUUGCCAGACACCAGCAAACACACACUGGGGAGCGGCCCUACAGCUGCCUCAAGUGUGAAAAGAGCUUCGGGCGAAGACAUCACCUGAUCCGGCACCAGAAAACCCACCUACAUGACAAGCCCAGCAGGUGCUCUGAGUGUGGCAAGAAUUUCCGAUGCAACUCCCAUCUGGCCAGCCACCAGAGAGUGCAUGCGGAAGGCAAAUCCUGCAAGGGCCAAGAGGUUGGAGAGAGCCCUGGGGCUAGGAAACGGCAGCGUGCCCCACCAGUGCCAAAGUGCCAUGUGUGCACUGAGUGUGGGAAGAGCUUUGGCCGACGGCACCACCUGGUGAGACACUGGCUGACCCAUACUGGGGAGAAGCCCUUCCAGUGCCCUCGCUGUGAAAAGAGCUUUGGCCGUAAACAUCACCUGGACAGGCACCUGCUGACCCACCAGGGACAAAGUCCCCGGAGCAGCUGGGACAGAGGGACGUCUGUCUUUUGAAAUCUGUUUUUGCUGCAGCUGUGGUCACAUCUAUCAUCAGCUGGUGCUACCAGGAGUCUCUCCCAGAGCUGCCCUUCUCCUGCACCCCAAUGGCCAGAAUUGUGAGCCCUGGCUCCAUCGCUAGAUGGAGGUUCCUCAUCCAAGAUGAGGUUCCAACAUUGGCCAGACAUUUCUCACCAGUUCUUUGAGAUACCACACGAGAGGAGUUCUUUGGGCAAAAUUUUUAGGAAACAGUGCCUACUGCAUGAGCUGAUAUUCAGCCUAAGCCCAUUCUCAAGGGUACCACUUGAGAGUCAGCAGUUUAUUACUGAUGUCCAAGCUGAGUGGUUGGAGCCUAUGCCAUCCCAGUUAAAUAUUUCAGUACCACCUUUGUAUACUAUAACUCUUAUAUUCUCUCUGUAUAGAGAGAGAAAGGCCAUAUUAGCAUAUUAAAGGCUCUGAGAACUUAUGGGUACAGGGAAUUGUUAAGCCUCUUUUAAUGCAGUGUUUCCUAAAUUUAUUUGACCUCAGUAUCCUUUCUAUCUUACAUCCCACAGAACUGGUGACUCCAUGAAACACACUCUGGUGAACACUGGGUUAGAGAGCAAUGAGGAAACAGGAAAGAGAUAGUGAUCAGGUACCCAGGGCCCCCCUUUUUUUUACCAAAUGAAAGCUGAGGGACAGACCUCAUUCCUGUGUGGGUCCAUCACCCUUAACCAGAUCAUCCAAAUAUACAUCCACACCUCUUACCUCCACCUACUGAAAAAUAGAAACAAGAACUUUUUCACCCCCCAUUCCUACUCCCUUCAUCCUCCUCAUACAUAUAUCCAGCUGAGAGAUCACCCCACAAUGCUAAGAGAUGGACUUAUAUCCCAAGUAACCCAGGCCCACACCGAAGAAAAAAACUUUAUCCCCUUGAACAGACCCCUCUCCUCUUGACUGUGUCUUUAUGUGUCUAUGUGUAUCUGUGUGCAGGGUCUUUGAAUUCAGAGAGCAUGCAAAGUGCAAACUGUACAAGCUAGAUUUUCUAGGGGCUGUUUUCUGAGGAUGAGGGUAGUAGGGAUUGUAUGGGAGUUUUUGUUUUGUUUCAAGAUAGGAAGUAAGCUGAACAAUUAAGAGUGCCCUCAUGGAAAGGGUUAAGUGAUGGGUUAAGUUGUGGAAGUUGAGAUAUAUUGUCUUUCCUGGUAUUAGUGAGAUCAGGACAACUGGAUAUGUAUGUCUAGGUCUGACUCUCUGGGCCACAGAUUUUUUUUUGCCUGGGAGGAGAAAGAAAGACCCAUCCUCAGUGAGGUGAGCUGUUUCUUAUUGAUUUCAAGUAAGUUGCAUAUAGAAGCUUUGUGCUAAGUGGGUUUCUUUGUCUUGUUUUAGUGCUGGGAAAUUAGGGCAGGAAUCACAGUGCUUGCAGGUUGUUGUCAUCACUCUUAUUUGACCUUGAUUGCCUCAUCAAGGAGACAGUUUUUCUUGAGGAUCUCAUUCUCCCAGAACUUUAGGGAAAAUGGCUAUGGUUUAGCUUUUCAGCUGAUGCAGAGUAAUACAAUGGGUUUUCUUCCCAAUUCUGGGCAAGUACCCACACUAAGACUCUUAACUCCAGGACUUGCAUAAGUAUUCUAGCAUAUGUUGAUUGAUAAGUUGGUCAUUGUUUUGCUUUAUUGAUAACAUGUUAAUACCAAUCUUAUAAUUUAAAAAUUAUCUUGUAUGUAAGAGCAGUUUGGGGUUAGGGAGAGAGAGGAGCAAAGCAGAUGAAAGUGGGGGUAGUUUCUCUUUAAUGCUUAGACUCUGGUUUGUCCUUAACACACUUAUUCCUCCACCACAAUUGGUGGAAUUAACUAGAGAGGCAAGAGGAAGCAAGCUGCAACAAUCCAGUUUAAUGACUGUCCCAUUUGCUUAGGAAAAACUGGGUGAAUCUCAGCUCCUCAGAGGUCUAGACCCAAAUGGAGCUGAAAAUAGGGCCAUUUUGUUGACUGGACUUCUUAAAGUGUAUAUGAGUUGAGCAGCCCAGCCCCUGCCUCCCUUCUGCUGCUCAGAGCAGCCUUCCUUCUUUGCUUGGAAUGUACUUCUCUUGCGUAUGUUCCUAGUAAUAGAGCAAAAUGGCCAGCCCUUUAAAAGGUCCUCAGAGACAGGAACAUUUUAGGAUUAGUAUUAGGAGAUACCCCAGAGAAUAGGAGAGUAUUGGAUUCCAGUGGUAAAACUGGACUAUGCCAUUUCUUUUACCCUCCCACUAUGCCUCAUUCAUUAAUGCAGAUCAGCUCUAUGUAAGCAAUGGUUCAGAACCUGUUUUGACCAUAGAUCCUUUUGAAAAUCUGAUGAAAACCAGAAACUCACUUGUUGAGAAAAACAGACAUUAGCAAUUCACUCUGUUUUAUAUAUACAUUUAGCAGGUUCAUAGCCUAUCCAUGGAAACAGUAAACUGGGAUCAUAGGGAGUUACCCUGACCCAAUAUGGUCAUUAUAUAUCUGUGUCAAGAAUUACAACGCAAGGAUUAUGAAAUGUUUUAGGGACUAAGAUAGUGGAGGCAAUAGGGGAUAAAGACAGAGUCUAAUCUUUAAUGACACGAAGAAUAUUGCUUACAUUCUACUCAGUGUUUUUUUUUUU